AUGAACUCAAAAACAGGGAAUGGAUCGAUCGAGUCUUCAAGCUGCUUAAGUACAACAGCGUACAAAAUCGGAGGGACCGUUGCUUUGAGUCUGAUCCUUGCUGUUUCGCUGAUGGCAAAUUCUUUCAUUGCACUGAUCGUUUAUAAGACGCCAACCUUAAGAAAACCGAUAAAUUAUUUCAUCGCAAACAUGGCCAUGUCCGAUCUGUUGUAUUCAAUGUUCUGGAUCCCCUUUGCCCUCUCAGCGUUGCACACAGCCUCAUGGCCUAUCGGUGGUAAGUUUGGUCUGGCCUUGUGUAAGCUUAACCCUUUCUUCAGAAACGUUUCCAUUAUCGUUUCAAUUCAGAAUCUGAUUCUGAUAGCAGUGAAUCGAUUUGGAGCCGUGGUAUUUCCACUCCGUUCCCCACUCAUCAAAUCCAAGCUGUGUCCCUUCUUCAUUUCCGCCACGUGGAUAGUCGCAGCAGCUAUCUUUUCGCCAUAUUUGUUCGCCUACCAACUCGUUGAAUUUUCAGGGGAAAUGUGGUGCCUGCCGAGAUGGAAGAAAGCAUUCGGAGAGUCCUCGUCCUUUGCCGACUACGUAGUAACAGACCCUAUUCUGUUUACAUACAUCCCUUUGGUGUUGCUGGUCCUUCUUUACUCCAUCAUCCUUAUCAAGGUCAAGAUACAGGCACACCCAGGUGAACAGUCCGCAAACACUCAGCAACAGAGAAACAGACGAAACAGAAACGUGUUUCAAAUGUCCACUGCUAUCGUAUUAGUGUUUUUUUUUGCUGGUUACCUUUUAAAACUAUCAUUUUAG